GCGCACCAGUCCUCUUCGAUCGAAAGAAGGACGGCGCCCUCCGCCUCUGUCUCGAUUACCGCGGCCUCAACCAGUAUACGGUCAGAAACAGUUAUCCCAUGCCCCGCGCAGAUGACCUGUUCGACCGUCUCGCUGGCCACCACUUUUUCACGAAGAUUGAUCUUCGCAGCGGAUACCACCAGAUCCGCGUGGCCAAGGAGGACCAGCACAAGACCGCGUUUCGCUCUCGAUUUGGACACUACGAGUUCACUGUCAUGCCGUUCGGCCUCCGUAACGGUCCUGCCACCUUCCAGAUGGCUAUGAACACGAUGUUCCAGGACCUUCUCGAGGACUUUGUUCUAGUCUACAUUGAUGACAUCCUGAUCUACAGUCGUACCUUAGAGGAGCAUAUGACCCACCUCCGCACUGUCCUCCAGCGAUUACGCGACCACGGAGUCUAUGCGAAGCUCUCCAAAUGCGCCUUCGCUCAAUCCAAGGUCGACUUUCUAGGACAUCAGGUCUCCGAGCAUGGACUCCACAUGGACGACUCGAAGAUCCAGGCUAUCGUCGAUUGGCCUACACCUACUUCUCUUCCUGCGCUACCCCCUGUCCUACACCUACCCGACUACUCCCGUCCAUUCAUCGUCACCACCGACGCGUCCGACUUUGCCAUAGGAGCUGCCCUCUCCCAGAUUUACCCAGCCCCUUCUACUUCUCCCGACCCCACAGAUUCUCGUCUCCCUCGCAUUCCUCGCUUUCCGCCCCCACUCCCAGCGACUGCGGCUCGACUUGCACCAAUCGAGCCCACCCCCUCAGGGGCUCCACCUCCCUACACCCCUGACAUCGCUGAUGACGGCACAGUGGAGUCUCGCGAUGGAGAGUGCCCAGUUGCUUAUCUAUCUCGACAGCUACUUCCUGCUGAGCGUAACUACACUGCUGACGAGCGUGAGGUCCUCGCGCUGGUUUACGCUGUUAAGAAGUGGCGUCAUCACUUACACGGUCACACAUUCACCGACUUGACGGACAACUCUGUCCUCGCCGCUUUCCAGACGAAGCCGAAGCUUACCCCUCGCCAGGCUCGUUGGUGGCGUGAUCUCGCAGAGUUCGACUUUACCAUCAAGAAGAUUAUUGGGGAAAGCAAUCGCGUAGCUGACGCCUUGUCUCGCCGCCCCGAUCUUCAGUGCGAUGAUCGCCAGCUCUCUGCCAUUUCAUUCCCCGUCAUCCACCCCGCUUUCCUAGAUGAGUAUCGGUCGGCAUACCCCCAGUGCUCCGAGUUUCAGUCCAUCUACGCUGACUUACAGACCGGCAAGACUAUCCCUAACUUCCAGCUCGACCCCUCUGGACUCCUAUAUUGGCUUGGUCGCCAAGCUCGUUUUCAAAACGAGCAGCCACCCCUUGGUCAUUUCACAGACCAAACUAGAGUCAAGCUCAGCAGGGGUUUUCAUCCCCCUGCCCAACUCGCGCCUGAACCUGGACGCCGUCGGUGCCAGGCCUGUAAACAGCCAGCAUACAUACCUCAUGGAAGACGAGGAGGAGGAGGAGGAGGAGGAGAAGAACGAGAAUCUGAUACGAAAACGGAAGAAGAAAAAAAAACGCUAUGGCUAUGGCUAUGGGUCAAUGGGGAGGGAAGCAGAGGAGGAGGAGGAGGAGGAGGAGGAGAAGAGGAGGAGGCGGCGGCGGAGGAGUAGAAGAAGAAAGAAGAAGAAGAAGAAUCCGAGAUGGGAAAAAAAUAAAAUUGCUACCGCUAU